GAUGACGAUGAUGGUGAGAAAGUUGGUCAUGAUCGGCAUUUUAUCUCCUUGAAUUCUUGUCUUAUCUUUAUCACACUGCCACACGAAAUAUAAGCAACAAAACUAUAUGUAAGUGACUUCUUAUUUACGCCCCUGGUCGAAACAAGAUAAAUCUUGAUUGCAUGUCCACACCCUUAUUCAGAUUCGAACUUUGGAUAAGAUUGUUUGCUUGAUCGGACUAUCAUUGAAAUACGUUAUACCUUACAAACACAGUAUUCAAUCAGUUUGACGAUUCGAAUGAUCUUAACAUGGCGCAGGUUCCAGUUCAGAAGUAUUUUCUCGGAUUUUUCAUUAUUUUCCAGGUUAUUUUGGGCUAUCAUACAGCUUUAAGUGCAGAUUGCCAAGGAUUAAGCUCAGAAGUAACAUGUACGUGUGAUGAUUUUGGUCAUUGUGAGAGAGGAACAGUACAAGUAGACCCAUGGCUGCAAAAUACACUCAGGACACAGAUGGAUGUACAGCUCGAUGUACCGUUCAACCAUGCCCAGUUAUUAGACGCACACAAUGCAUAUAAUACCAGACCGUAUGGAUUUUUAUACGGGGCAAACGAUACAUGUUUGUGGCCGCCCCCAUACGACCCAAGUCUGUGCAUCGGGAUUGCUAACCAGGAGUUCAGUUUGACGGACCUUCUCAACAUGGGAAUCAGGGGGAUUGAACUCGAUAACUGGUUUUGCGAAGAUGAGAUGCGCAUUGCUCAUCUUGGGACCGACAUUGCUACGUUAUGUAACAGACGUCACGUGGUAUUUUCUGAACCCGUUGCCGAGAUUGGGGCGUGGCUAGACAAUCACGAGGGCGAAUUCGUCAGAAUCUACAUGAAUGAAAAGUUUGACCAGGGUAAUGAUGCAGAAGUGAACGGGCCAUUCGAACGUUUCCUUGGUGAUCGAGUAUUAACACCGGCCAACCUUAAAAACGACUACAACAACGAGUGGCCGACACUAAGGACCAUGCGAGAAGAUGGUAAGAGUGUAGUGAUUGCCCAUAUUGCAACGGCGGGAACUGGUGAUUAUUACCUCCACCAAGGAAAGUUUAUCCAUCCCGGUUUCUGGAAGGACAAAAAACGAAAUGAGUUCUCUAAUUAUCCACAAUGUGGAGGUAAGAACGCAACGAAUGCUCUUCGUUUCUACAGUGACAGUACUCAUUAUUUACUCGAUAACGAAUACAUUGAUGGUCCGACACGCGUCGGGAUCAUCGAUGACUUUAGCGAGUUUAUCAAGUGUGGGAUCCAGUUUCCCGCCGGUGAUCAGGUUCAUCCUCAGCUGAUGGAGACGGCAGCCUAUACAUGGGCUAAAGGAGAACCAGCGACGCCGAUCACCGAUUCGACGUCGUGUAUCAUGCUCAGUGGCACUGAUAAUCGUUGGUAUACACCGUCAGACUGCAAUCAAGAACUCUAUUACGCAUGUCAGAAUGUCUUUGAUACAGAAGACUGGACAUUGAGUGUAUCCGUCGGAAGUUAUGACGUAAACACACAAGCAUGCCCAGAUGGAUACAGAUUCGCGCUACCUCAAAAUGGAUUCCAACAUCAAAAGAUGUUGGAAGCUAUUGAUGGUGCUGACGUUUGGCUCAACGUUGCUCCUCUUCUCGAUGACUACCAGCCACCGGUACUGCCUACCACAGCACCAACGGAGGGUGGAGCUCAGAAAGUCACCGUGGUCAUAUCCGUGGUCGUCCUCGCUGCAGCAUCCGCACUUUUCAUCCUAUAGAAUCCAGUCGUGAUCACUCGAGGGUGUUGAGAAUUUUUUUUUACAUGGACAUCUGUUUCAAUAUUUAGUUAUUUUGUCAAUUACUGUAUUUUUUGUUUUAUUGAGGGAGAUGAGUAGAGCUACCAAUAUUUGGGGGCGGCGCCACAUGGGCACAUGGUACUGGCAAGAACCUGGCAAUGGAUGGUUAUCUAUUGUUACCUGGGGUGCUGUAACAAUGCUCAGCACCCUAGGUGACAAUAUAAUAAUCAUCCAUUUCAAGGCCCCUGCCCCUGUGGUAGAGGGAAAAGAAAUGUAAAAAAUGAAGAAUUGGUUGUAUACAAUUCCAUACUACCCGUGUAAUAAUUCAAGUGAGAAAAAAUAUAACGUCAUUUUUGGGUAUCCCCCAAUUAAUAUACCCUAGCACUGCCCUGUCAUUUUUUUUCUUUCAGAAUUGGUUUCCUAUGUCACUGGUUGAAUAAUUUGUAUUGGCAAUUUCUAUGUAUGGCUGAAGUAUUUAUCAGUUUUAUCACUCCUAUCUUUUAACAAGGCAGAGAAACAGGCCGGCAUUACACGACUUGUACUCUAAGUCUAAGGGUCUGAAAACAAGUAUUCAACCUCUUUGAACGUAUCU